GCUGGCGGCGGCGCUGGGCGGGCUGCUGGCGGCGCAGCACAUCCUGCUGCGCGCCUACACCGCCUCGCCGCAGCACCUCGAGACCGUGCCCGCCGCCGUGCCCGCCGCCAUGUUGGUCCUGACCGGCGUGUGCAUCAUGAGCCUGGCGCGGCGCCGCAACCGGUACAGCUAUAUGGUAAGAAAAAUCAAGGUGGUGGGAGCGUGUUGCCUGGUGUGCGCGCUCACCUGCGUGCUCGUCACCAUCACCACCACCGUCAUACACAUGAACAAGUUGCAGACGCUCAAGUUCUGCGAGUACACGAAGUUGACGCGCACGUGCACGUGCUACUCCAUGCCGCCCGACACGCCGCACAGCGCGCCCGACGACGAAGGCGUCCGCUGCGUGUUCGAGGGCGUGUCGGAGUGCGGCGUGGUCCACGGCGCGCUGUACUGGUGCCUGCGCGGAGUGUUCGCGCUCUCCGUGUCCGCGGUACUCGUCUGCAUCUUCAGCUGCAUGCUGGCCUACCAGCUGCUCAGUCACGAGCGUAAGAAGAUGUACUGGGAGCAGCUGGAGCUGCGCUGCCGCUCGCUGUACCGCGCCGCGCCCGGACAGCCGCCCGGCGCCGCGCGCCCCGCGCAGAGUAACUGCAGUUGUUGCGCGCAGUGCCACCCGGGCCCGCCCGCCUGGGACAUCAGUCUGCAGCAUCGCUUCUGGGCGCCAGGUCGCAUCGGUAACCUGUACUCGCCCAACCCUGGCGCCGGCCGCAAGACCUCCGCCUGGAGCUGGUUCCCCUGGCCAAGGACCAAUAGCCAGAAUUCUGGCUGCCGCAUGGGCGGCGCGUCCGGCGACAGCGCGUACGGGUUCUGCGAGCCCGAGCCCGCGCCGCACGCCUACGACGACAGAUACCCGCACGCGCAACACGCGCAACAUGCGCAACAUGCGCAACACGCGCAACAACAGCUGCAACAUGCGCAGCAUAUGCAGGCCCAGCAGAGCGGCUUCCAGAGAGUGCAUCCUGAUGGCUCGUUCGCUCACAGCUCUGGGUUCGGACAGGGACAGGGUUCGUUCUCACAAGGACAUCCUAAUUUUGCUCAGCCGCCGGGCGGGUUCCCGGAGGGCGGCAGCUUCGACGCGGCCACGGGCGUGUGGGGCCCGCCGCCGCCCUACAGCCCGCAUGGGCGGAAUAACGCGCGCAGUCACCACGUCCACCAGCCGGCGGACCCGGCGGCCGCCACGCUGCUGCAACAUCCCCACCACCAACACUUACCCCACGCCUGCAGGCCAUAUCUACCCGACAACCGACUCAACCCCGAGAUAUCCCGACUAAACCCCGAGCUAGCCGAAUUCGCGAGACUCAACCCUGAAAUAUCGCGGCUAAACCCAGAACUAGCUGAGUUUGCAAGACUCAACCCCGAAAUAUCUCGUCUAAACCCCGAGCUAGCUGAAUUUGCACGACUCAACCCUGAACUCUCACGAUUAAACCCCGAGUUAUCGCGACUCAACCCCGAGUUAGGUCACAUGAGUACGAUGUACCCUGACGUAGAGAUGUCUCACCUGACACCUGAGGCGAGGUUUAAUACGUUGAGAGGUCAUUUAGUGCCGUACCGGUGUCAAAGGUCACUGGGGAUGAGUGCGGGCAACCUGCACCGGGACUGCAGGGCUGAUGAUGUGGCGAUAGAGUGUCUGCAUCAGAAGAGUGCCAGCAAAGUUUCAGAGGCGAGCAGUGACUCGUGCCAGAAGCAAGGCAAGGAGAACCUCGGCUUUCAGAACGACAAGCAUUCGCCGAUCAGGGCGCUGGCGGGGCUGGGCUCGGGCCCGGCUGAGUCUGAGGUCUACUUCGCAGACGUGUCCAGCUGCUGCAAUGUCUCCCUCAAGGCGGAGUGCUGCAUGAACGCCAACGUGUCCGCUCUAGUGGGUACCAUAGAGAACCAGCCGGAGUCCACGUCGGAGUCCGACAGCGGGCUCCCCCCCCCCGGGGCCGCGCCCCCCCCCGGGGGCAAGCCGCGCCCGGGGCCCGGCAAGCGGCGCGCCCGGGACAAGACUCGACAUCACAGCGGACACAACCAGCAGCCCACACUCACGGACCAUCAGAUACUACAUCUGAACAAUAUGCGCCUCAACGACUCCCGGGAUAGACUGAACGAUAGGAUGAACGAGACCAGAAUGAGUGAGCGAAUGAACGACAGGAUCAGUGAUAGGAUGAAUGAAACUAGAAUGUCAGAACGAAUGAAUGACAGAAUCAGUGAUCGCAUGAAUGAGACGAGGUUGAGUGAACGAAUGAAUGAUUCGAGAGAUAGGCUGAAUGACGGCAGGGUGUGUGAGAGGAUUGAGAGGUUGAAUGAUUCGCGUAUUAGUGAUAGGAUGAAUGAAACGAGGAUGAGUGAGCGGAUGAAUGAUUCGCGGGAGAGAAUGAGUGACCGAAUGAAUGAUUCGCGUGAUAGAAUGAAUGAUUCGAGGAAUUGUGACGGCAUGGGCGAUCCGAGGAUAGAACGGAUAAACGAUUCUCGCAUCAGCGAGAGAAUGAAUGAAACGAGACUUAGUGAGCGAAUGAAUGACUCACGCGUCUGCGAACGUAUCAACGAUAGCAGACUCGAAAGAAUGAAUGAGUCCAAACUAAGCGACAGGAGCGACACCAGACACAGUGACCGACUGAACGAUUCCCGGAUUGAACGAAUGAAUGACUCGCGUCUCGAACGUAUGAGCGACUUGAACUCCAGCAUUCGGAUCGACGGCAGUCCAAAAAUCCGCACUCACAUAAGCCCACUAAGGAUCGCUAGAUCAAGUCCCAAAAACUUGACUAAAGAACCUAGACAAGCAAGUUCUGACACAAGCAAGCCAGACUUCAGGCAAAUCUCGCCUUUAUCCCCAAACACUGAGGAAUCAUUAUUGUCUGAUGAUGACAGGCCGGACCAGGUGUAUUCUAAUGACCCUGAGAGUUCUAAGUGCCUGGGCCCUGACUCGCAGUACGAGCCGGUGCGGGAGGGCAAGGACGAGGGUCUGAAGGGUAACCACCACCACUGCUACAGCGACACCAACACCAUGGACUCCGGCUGGCAGAGCGGAUCUGAGAAACAGGUUACUGACUAACUAGAUAAUUAGCUGACAUAAGCAACUAUAAUGUUUUAAAAAAUCAUUUAAGAGGAAGUUGGCUGACACAAGCAAAACAAUUAUGCAUAAAGGUAUUAAUAUUGGAAUUCUUUUUUAAAUAGUUAAUUGAAAAUGUUCUCCUAUGAAAAGAUUCGAUAAAAAACUAUUAUCUAUAUACUAAUAUAUAAAGCUGAAGAGUUUGUUGGUUUGUUUGAACGCGCUAAUCUCAGGAACUACUG